GCUUGAUGGUGAAGGUCAUUCAAAUUCUUUGUCAACUGCUUAUAAGCCUGUUUCCCUGCCUCUGACCUCUCCGAAUGUAAAGCUGAAUCUGACUAGUCCAAAAAGAGGGCAGAAAAGAGAAGAAGGCUGGAAAGAAGUUGUUAGAAGGUCAAAGAAAUUAUCUGUCCCAGCUUCUGUCGUAUCUAGAAUAAUGGGAAGAGGUGGGUGCAACAUCACAGCAAUCCAAGAUGUCACUGGUGCCCAUAUUGACGUUGAUAAGCAAAAAGAUAAGAAUGGCGAGAGAAUGAUCACUAUAAGGGGUGGUACAGAGUCGACGCGAUACGCAGUGCAACUCAUCAAUGCCCUUAUUCAAGAUCCUGCCAAGGAACUGGAAGACUUGAUUCCUAAAACUCAUAUAAGAACACCUGGUGCGAGUACCAAAUCAAUCCAUGCAAACUUUUCAUCUGGAGUCAGCACUGCAACUGCUUCGAACAAGAACUCCUUUCCUCUUGGAGCACCGCCCCUAGUCACAUCGCAGUCAUCAACACUGUCUACUUUCCAGCCUACUAACAAAUUAAAUAAGAAUGUCCCAGCAAAUGUGCGCUCAUCUUUUCCGGUGUCUCUUCCUCUAGCUUAUUCUCACCCUCAUUUUGCCUUGCUGGCUGCCCAAACUAUGCAACAGAUCCGGCACCCUCGCUUACCUAUGGCCCAAUUUGGAGGAACUUUUUCACCUUCACCGAACACUUGGGGACCAUUCCCAGUGAGACCAGUUAACCCUGGCAGCACAAACAGCUCUCCAAAGCAUAAUGUAGGUAGUCAGAAUGGAAAUAUUUUACAGACGGAGUCUCCUGGAUUAGCUACUUCUAGUUGUCCCAUUACUGUCUCUUCUGUAGCUGCUUCCACCCAACCGCUGUGCGUAGCCAGUAAUCGGACUCCCUCUUCGGUCAGAAAGCAGUUGUUUGCCUGUGUUCCCAAGACGAGUGCUGCAGCAACAGCAAUCUCAACUGUGACGAGCACCUGUAGCACUCUGCCUUCAGCUUCCUCUGCCCCCCCAAACAAUGGGCAAGUGCCCACAGCAUUUCUGCCAUCCAAUGCUCCACAAACGCAGCAUCCUGCACUUAAAGUGGACUCUUUCUCGGCUGCCUCAGCACCCAAAGAGAAGGUGUCAGCACCAGACCAGCCCGCUGCAAAUGUUUGCGCACCAUCUUUGGUUGCAAGUAGUUGCAGUAUGUCAGUUAGCAGCAACUCAGGAGUCACCGAAACGCGCCCAUCAAGCAGCCCUGCACUGCUAAAUAAUGUCCAAGAUGAAAUACUGCCAACCAGCAUGUCGGAGAUCAAUCCUUCCAUGUCAAUGCCUUUUUCAUCUAGCUCAGAAACUGUUCCUUUAAGCUUACCAUCACCCAGGUCAGUUGUUGCAGAUAAUCAGGACAACAGUAACUUACCUCAAGUAGCUGUACCAGCGCCUCGAGUUAGUCACAGGAUGCAGUCCAGAGGUUCUUUCUAUUCAGUGGUACCAAAUGCAAACCUCCAUCAAGAUCCUCAGUCUAUUUUUGUUACGAACCAAGUUCCUUUAACACCUUCUCAAGGUCCACCUGCUGCAGUGCAGCUUUCGUCAGCCAUGAACGUUAUGAAUGGUUCUCAGAUGCACAUUAACCCAGCAAACAAAUCAUUGCCCCCUACCUUUGGGCCAGCAACGCUCUUCAAUCACUUUAGUAGUCUUUUUGAUAGCAACCAGGUGCCAGCUAACCAGGGAUGGGGAGACUGUCCACUCUCUACCCGAGCGGCAGCUGACCCAUCUUUCACUGUUCAGUCAACCUUUCUGAAUAACUCUGUGCUAGGACACGUGGAAAAUGUGCAUCCUGACAACUCCAAGGCUCCUGGUUUCAGGCCACCUUCCCAGCGGGUUUCGACUAGUCCUGUAGGCUUACCCUCUCUAGAUCCAUCCAACAGCUCUACAACUUCUUCUUCAGGUCCUUUGACAGGCUUUUCAGCAAACAUACAAGGAGCACGGGUUUACCUUCAAGGGCCAGCGCCUGUUGGGACUCCCAGCUUUAACAGACAGCAUUUUUCACCACAUCCUUGGACAAGCGCAACAAAUUCAUCUGCUUCUGCACCUUCUAACUUGGGCCAGCCAAAAACGGGUAACGCCAAUCAAGAUCGAAAGGUACCCCCUCCCAUUGGGACAGAAAGGCUUGCUAGAAUUCGGCAAGGAGGAUCUGUCACUCCUACGCCAUUAGGAACCAACUUCACAGCUCCUGUGGGUCAUAGCGGUAUUUGGUCCUUUGGAGUUAACAGUGUAUCUGAAGGCUUGUCAGGUUGGUCUCAGCCUGUCAUGGGAAAUCAUCCGAUGCAUCAGCAGCUGUCAGACCCGGCCACGUUUUCUCAGCAUCAGCCAAUGGAGAGAGAUGAUUCUGGAAUAGUGGCUCCCUCAAAUAUUUUCCAUCAACCUAUGCCAAAUAGUUUUGUGGAUUUUUCUAAAGGCCUACCGAUUUCCAUGUAUGGUGGCACUCUAAUACCUUCACAUCCUCAGCUAGCGGAUGGCCCAGGAGGCCCUCUCUUUAAUGGGCUCCAUACUCCGGAUCCUGCUUGGAAUCCCAUGAUCAAAGUUGUCCAGAACUCAACAGAAUGUACUGAUGCUCAGCAGAUUUGGCCUGGCACCUGGGCACCUCACAUUGGAAACAUGCAUCUCAAGUACCCGCAUCAUCUACGACCGCAAGUUCCUGCUGGAGUGCAAGAAUUCACCCGUGGCCAGGACCCCUCCCUGCUGCCUGCCCCAGAUCCCCGGUGUCACAUCCCUGGCCCAGUCCCACCUCGUCAAGCUGGAGGAGCUCAAGGAGCAGAAUGAGAGCAAAGAAGCCAUGCCAGAUCAAGACCAGUUUGAGAUGGGCAUCUGAGUUUCCAGCUUCCUGUCUCCAGGCCAUGGCUGGGCCUGUUCCUGGGCCUCGUGGAGGUGCUGGCACCGUGACCAGCUGGCUGCAGCCCUCUCUGAUGCUGGGGAUGGACGUGUGACACCUCAGGCUCUAGCACAACUGGCUGGUGCAAUUGCCUAGGAGCUCAUGCUUGAUUAAUAAACACCAUAAACCC